UUUCCUUUCAUUGUAGUUGUGAAGGUAUCGUGGUGCCGAUCGUUCGUGUGAUGUGUGUGCCGAAUUCGGCCGCGAUUGCGUACGUGUGCUUUUAAAAUCUUGAGGUGCAAAGUUGAUCGUUUUAAUUAUUACUCAUUUUUGGCUAAGAAUCAUCAGCUCCUUGCAUAUGUCGGUGAUUACCCUUUCGAGCGAGGUAUUUUUAAACUAUGCAGUAAUUCAUACGUGCAGCUCAUUUGAUUUUCAUUUCCUUCAGAAUCGGAUCAAUGUACGAUAGCAGACGUAGGUAUAACCAUCGGGCGUGCAGCUUCAACUGUUAUUUGAGCAACCUAGCGUCUGCUGAUCCGUGAAAAUUGCUUAAAAUCGUGUAUAUUUUAUUUUUUCUCCUUUUUUUUUUAAUACGUUUACGUCAUUUUUGUAUAAUAUUUUCGAGUUAUCGCGCGUAUCUAUGUAUAAAUUUUGUUUAACUCGCCGUUUUAACAUUUAUCGACUGGUGUUCGAACGACUCGCAAAGUGAAUGUAAUCGCGUCUUCCAAUAUGGACCAGUUAUCCGAUAACGAAACUGGUGCUAAUAAUCGUAAAUCGUUAGUAAUUUCCAGACGAGAACUAUUCGAACAAAUUAAUUCUACCGAUCGGAAUAACGCGAGGAAUGAUAUCAAGACGACGACGGCGAACCGUCCGAAAGCAGUUGGCAAACCUGUGUCGCGGUCAAAUUCCGAGGAUUCGGAUAUCGACGGCGACGAUAUUUCUAAAUCUGCCGAAAGUGGUCGCGAUCCUCGUGUAAAUAACUGUGUAAAUAGUGAUAACGUUAUUAGUGAUGGUGGAAUCGACGUGAACGCGGAUGAUGUCAAAGUGAACGCGAAUCGUUCGCCAGUUACCAAAAAACAGGAAGUGUCGAAAAAGGAAUACCUCAAAAACGGAGAUUUAUCACCGGAUUUCAAAUGUUUGCAAAUUGGCGACGAUUUAUCGCCGUGUUCGAAACGUAUCUCGUAUAAUAUGGCCGUCAGCGGAGGAGAAUUCGGUAAAAUCGCAAUCCGCAGUCGACUUAAGGAUAAAUCUCGACCCGAUGAUAACUGCAUCAUUGACGAAAGCGACAGCGAAGAGGCAGCCGUACCAUCGGUCGUGGCAGCCGAAAUUCCACUCGAGCGUAACGCCGCCGCCGUUACCGAUACUAUCGAUGAAAGCGACAGCGACGAAAAUGACGUCAAGGUCGAGAAAAUCGACGCUGACGUCGUCGAUAAAAACGAGCAUACUGGUUCGAGCGAUUCGAUGACCAUAUCCGCCACCGAGGACUCGCCCGUCGAUGAUUUUUUGCACCGUGUUCCCGUCGACGAUAUAAAUAUCGAAGAUCUCAAUAGCACUAAGUUAACGAACGAUAUUCUUAGCGUAAUUAGUUCUAGUCGAAUCAUAGACGAAUGCAAGUUCGAUGAGACCGAUAAUACUACUUCUGCCGCUACUAGAAAUAAUACAAGUAGCCCCGACAAUGCAACGCCGGUUAAAUCGGACGAUAUCGAUUAUCCUGAAGAACUGAAUCCGUUCGGCGACGAUGACGAGACCAAAGAUAACGUCAGUUCUAGUAAAGAUACGAAGACUUCCAAUCCCUUCGAUUCCGAAGAUAGUGAAACCGAUUCGAGUAAAGACAAAUCGUCCUCCGUUAAAGUGAACACGAAUCCAUUCUGGAGUGGCAGCGAAGACGAAGAUGAGCCCAGUGUGGAUGAGGUGGCUGUGAAGAAAACUCCGGUGCCAUUACCAAGAAGCGUUAGAAAACCAAUAGUCAACAUUACACCACAACCUAGUCCAAAACCACGCACCAAAAGUCCAAAUUUCAUCAACGAAUGUGGUUCGCCGAGUAUCGCCAACUUAACACCAUCGCCUUCGCCGUCUCGUCGAAGUAUUCAAACCAUUGGAGGUGGUGUUCGAAAAUUGUCGGGCGAUUCGUUAGACGUCUCUUUCCAACGAUCACCAGGAAGUCAAUCUGUAAACUCGACGUUACGUAAAAAGAAACCAGCUCCGCCGCCGCCCACUGUCGCCGCUGCCAAAUCACCGAAUAGUAAUAACAAUAUCAGUACAAAUGAAGCUCAACUUGAAGAACAAGCCAAUGAAACGAACGUCUCACUAACAACAGAUCAACAAAGUGUUCGUCCGAAAACUGGCGUCAGUCCUUGGAAGAAUAAAAAAGGCCCAGCUCCAGCUCGACCCAUCCCACUUCGCAGGCCGGUAAAAGAAAUGCCCAUAGAAGAUAUCAAAAUCGAAUUAUCCGAUAUUGAAGUCAGACAGCAAGAGCUUGAAAGACAAGGCAAACAGCUCGAACAAAUGAUUCACGAUCAAAAUACAUCCAAUUCCGAUAAUGCCGAAGAAUCGUCAUCAAACGAGGAAUUAGUAUUGCAGCUUUUCGAACUAGUCAAUGAAAAGAACGAAUUGCUGAGAAGACAUUCGGAAUUGAUGUAUAUGAGAAAAAUGCAUAAUUUAGAAGAAGAACACGCAGAUAUCGAGUAUCAGCUAAGGUGCCUUAUGUUGCAACCGGAAAGUAAUAAAACCGAUUGCGAUAAAACCAGAGAAGAAGAAUUGCUAAGAAGAUUAUUGGAAGUGGUUGAAAAACGUAAUGAAAUCAUCGAGGCCAUGGAGAAGGAUAGACUUCGAGAAACAGCCGAAGAUAAAAGUGUUACAACACAGCUAGAUGUAAAUGAAUGCCAUAAAGAAGAGAAAUCCGCGAGUAGAAAAACCAAAAAGAAAAAAGACAAGUUGAAAGAACACAAAGAAGGCGGCGAAAAGUCGCACGAUAACAAGCAUUCGCCUAGCAAAGUGAUUAAACAGAAGUUUAUGACUUUGCGUCAUUCAACCAAGAAGCUAAAUUCGAAAAUACCGCAUUGAAAGUGCUGAAAUGCUCGCGUAUCUGUUAGUGCCAUCGUUAUGAUUAAUUUACUAGACUGAUGAAUUUUGAGCUUUGAAAUAUGUUUUACUUUUUGUAUAUUUUUUUUGGUUUCGCUUUGUUUUUGUUGUCUUCUACCGUCGGUUACCUAUUAUUUGAAAUAGUAUUCUUCGAAUACGGGUAUUUCUUUUGGAAUUGGAGUUGUUUUGGAAAUCAUGUUUCGUGAAUUGCUCAAAUUGGUUUCUACUUUCGUCUUUCGAUCUAGUUGUAAUGAAUUAGUCGUCAAUGUACGUAUUAAAAUUAGAAAUUCAAAUCUUGCACUGUCAACAUUUUAAUCAACGUACACGAUUAUUUUUCAUCGAGACAUUCAGUUCUGUACUUACGUCUUGUAUCAUUUUUAAUACUUAUUCAUAUAAGAAACUGUAUCACCCAGUUUUGCGUAUUAUAUGUAUGCUGACGAUUUCGAGCAAUUAGUGCUGAUAUUGUAAUAUCUGUGCAGUUGCAGUGUCUCGAUUUUUUUGAAACAAUUUUUUAAUUCUGAUCGUUGGGUACUUACUUGUGAUAUUUAUGUAACUUUUUAUUAAUUUUUCAUUUAUGAGUUUAUUUAGCCAUCCGUAUCUUAUUAUCAUUUUUGUUAUGUUCAUUCGUUUUGUUUUGUGAGGUUUGUUCGUUAUUACACAAAUUACUGGAUCAUUUUCCUCGACAUCACUAAUUUAAUUUUCAUUUUUUUUUUAAUUUUUGAACGGUAUCGUGAUUAAGCGUUAUACAUAAGUUUGUCAAUUAAUUAUUCCUACAAAUAAAUAAUUUUGCGUUGA